CAGUGACUGAGUGGAUUUGGUGGAUUUUGGAAUUUGGAAUAUUUUGGAUUUGUAUUUUGUUUGGAUUGUAUUGUAACUUGGAAGUGGAUUGCGGAAUAUUUUUGUUAUUUUUUUAAGAUAAAUACGGUCUAUUGGGUCCAACUAUAAUGCAGAAUAGAAAUUAGAUCCUAAAAAAUAUUCACAAGUCCUAUACAAUCGACACUGUGAAUUAGGCCGGAACGGACACGCAAGAACAUCCUUAUUUAUUACAAUAUAAAAUUAAUGAUUGUUAUGCACUGAGAUUGUGAAGCAAACAAUGAAGAUAAAUGAGAAGAACCUGUGUGCGUUCGCGUCAUCAGCCACCCCCGUAGACCGCGAGGGGUGGUUGGACAUGAGGGGGGAAGUGGGUAAAAGUUACCAGAGGAGAUGGUUCACUUUGAAGGGAAACCUGCUAUUCUAUUUUGAUAAGAAUGGGGACAAGGAACCAGUUGGUGUUAUCAUACUGGAGGGAUGUACUAUUGAGCUAACAGAAGAAGAGUCAUACAGUUUCAAGAUAGUGUUCCACUGUGAGGGCGGGCGCACAUACUUCCUGUGCACCAACUCGCAGGCGUCUAUGGAAGCAUGGAUGAAGGCAUUAGCCUGCGCCAGCUAUGACUACAUGAAGCUUAUGGUGGCUGAGCUGCAGAGGCAGCUGGAGGAGGCUGAAGCGGAAGAGGCAGCGGAGGCGGCGGGUAUUGUGGCCGCAACGGGCUCGGACGACGAGCCGCGCGUGCCCCCGCGCGGACAGCGGCACAACCCCUUCAAUAAGCAGCCCGAGGGCGACGGCAAAGCUGUGCCGGGGAGUCGACACCAUAAAGAAACCGUAAAAGCAGCUGAGGUGCCACGCAAGAAGGUUCCGUUCAGAGAAAUUCACAAAACCUUCGGACGCAAGAUCCUCGCCGACCGCAGCGAGUGGCGCGCACGACUCAAGCUGAGGGAGGAGACACGUGAGAAACCUCUCAUACAACUGUGAAGUUCUCUUUGCAUCGCAUUUCUCAUUUCUGAGGGUUGUGAUCCCUAUUUAUUAAUCAAAAAAUUGUAGUUCUCGGGAAAGCGGUGGGCUCCAGUAUCUAAGAUCUAUGGAGCAUACUUUGAAUUUGCUAUAGUCUUUGCUUAGAGUUAAAAA